AUGGUCCCUGUGCUGGACAAUAUGACCCCAGCGCCUCUGACACAGAACUGCUCAAACUGCAGCCAGAUUUUAGUCCCAGAGCUUAACGUGGUCAAGGCUGUGGUUUUGGGCCUGGUGCUUGGCAUUUUAAUUUUGUUUGGAAUAGUUGGAAACAUCCUGGUAAUCCUCUCUGUGGUCUGCCAUCGACACCUGCGGACAGUCACACAUUAUUUUAUAGUUAAUCUGGCCGUGGCAGAUUUGCUGCUGAGCACCACUGUACUACCCUUCUCUGCCAUCCAUGAGAUUGUGGAUCGUUGGGUUUUUGGACGGGCUUUUUGCAAUGUUUGGGCGGCUGUGGAUGUGCUCUGCUGCACCGCCUCCAUCAUGAGCCUUUGUGUGAUCUCUGUUGACCGCUACAUUGGAGUAAGUUACCCUCUGCGCUACCCAACCAUAAUGACGAAGCACAGGGCGCUACUGGCAGUGAUGCUGCUGUGGGUGCUGUCCAUCAUCAUAUCUGUCGGACCUUUGUUUGGUUGGAAAGAGCCAGAACCUGAGGACGAGUCCAUCUGCAAGAUCAAUCAGGAGCCGGCCUACGCUAUCUUCUCUGCUUUGGGCUCCUUCUACCUCCCUCUGGCCAUCAUACUGGCCAUGUACUGUCGGGUUUAUGUGGUAGCUCACAGGGAGAGCCGGGACCUGAGAGAGGGCUACAAGACGGAGAAGUCAGACUCUGAGCGGGUGAUACUCCGGAUACACAGAGGCAACACAACUGUACCAGAGGAUGAGGGCCUCCACAGCCGCACACAUUUCGCCCUUCGCCUGCUCAAGUUCUCACGUGAGAAGAAGGCCGCCAAGACCCUGGGCAUUGUGGUUGGCUGCUUCGUGUUGUGCUGGUUGCCCUUCUUCCUGGCGCUACCCAUUGGCGCCAUCUUCCCCGCAUACCGACCUUCAGAAACUGUCUUCAAAAUCACCUUCUGGCUUGGUUACUUCAACAGCUGCAUCAAUCCCAUCAUCUACCCGUGCUCCAACCAGGAGUUUAAGAAAGCUUUCCAGAGAUUACUCGGAGUUCCCUGUCUGAGAAAGACUCCCAGACCCCACCAACAUCCUCUGAGCGCAGGUCAGAGCCAAGCAAGGGGUCAAAGCCAGCCUCUUAAUCUGGGUCUGGACAGCAAGGGGGCUCCCUGUCGGCUCAGCCCCUCUUCCUCGGUGGCCCUGUCUAGAACCCCAUCCUCCAGGGACAGCAGGGAGUGGAGGGACUUUUCUGGAGGCCCCAAAAGCGGAUCAGGGCCAGGCGAGAAGAGCAGGGAUAAAGUGGCCAAACUCUGCAGUAAAAGCUUCCAUCGGAGCUGCUGCUGCAUCCUCAGAAGUGGGACUCCCCUGCACGAGCCCCCUCCUGUCGGAAACCUUCCCACGAUUAAAAUCCACCAACUGUCCCUCUCAGAAAAAGGAGAGCCUGUAUAACCAGUAAUCCGUCAUCCAUUAGUCAUGACUCCACUUUCAAGGUCACAGAUGAGAACAUAAUAUUUCCUUUUGCUCCAUUGGAUAAGCUGUGUUGUAUUGGUGGCCUCUUUGAAACAUUAA